GACAGCCUAGGCAGUGUUCCUGAGAAUGGCGAUUGUCUGAAUCAGUGGCUUGGCUCAUCUUAGGAAAUGUAUCUGGGCAUUUACAGCAAAGUAUAGUGUUAUAAAUUUGGGUAUUCUUCAGAAAUGGUGGAGAAAUUUCAGUCGAGAUAGCCCUAUUUCAUUGGGGCCAGACCAAACCGGAUUCGAAAAGGUGGUGGGGGGAAGGGGAAUCCUCAAGAACUGGUGUGCAUCAUGGCAGGAGACAGCGAUCAGACGGUCCAGAACCGCAAACCCUUUCUAAUUGGGGUUGGAGGGGGCACCGCCAGCGGGAAAUCUUCAGUUUGUACGAAAAUAGUCCAGCUACUUGGUCAAAAUGAGAUCGACCAUCACAAACGCCAGGUGGUUAUCGUGAGCCAAGACAGCUUUUAUAGAGUCCUGACGCCUGAACAGAAAGGAAAAGCAAUGAAGGGUCAGUUUAACUUUGAUCACCCAGAUGCCUUUGAUAAUGAAUUGAUAUUCAAUACCCUGAGAGAUAUAAUUGAAGGAAAAAUAGUUGAGAUUCCUGUAUAUGACUUUGUUUCCCAUUCCAGAAAAUCUGAAACAGUGACUGUCUACCCAGCAGAUGUGGUGCUAUUUGAAGGUAUCUUGGCCUUUUACAUGCAGGAUAUCCGGGACAUGUUUCAGAUGAAACUGUUUGUGGACACUGAUGCGGACACCAGACUGUCACGCAGAGUAUUAAGAGACAUCAGUGAAAGGCAGCGGGACCUAGAACAAGUUUUAACACAGUACAUAACAUUUGUCAAGCCAGCUUUUGAAGAAUUCUGCCUCCCUACCAAGAAGUAUGCAGAUGUCAUCAUUCCAAGAGGAGCAGAAAACUUGGUUGCCAUAAAUUUGAUAGUGCAACACAUCCAAGACCUUCUCAACGGCGGACUGAGCAAGCGCCAAAAUGGCUGUUUGAAUGGAUAUAGUACACCAUGUAAGAGGGAGUCUUCUGAUUCCAACAGCAGACCACACUGACUGAAGGUUGAGGAGAGUGAAGUCUUGCAAUGAAGUUUAGCAUGACUUUACCAUCUACUGUUUGGGGGAAAAGGGAAAGCUGCCAAGGUUUCAAAGCGUUGUUCAAAGCAAAAUUCACUUCUACCACCAAAAUGGAAUUUUUCCUAGAGUAAAACAUGAGGAAUUCUGCAGAUGCUGGAAAAUCAUGUAACACACAUCAAAGUUGCUGGUGAACACAGCAGGCCA